AUGAAGUUUCUCUUACUAAUUUACCUGCUUGGCUCUGCCAGAGGAGCAUCAGGUCAGCCUGAUGAGCUUCUUGGCUCUAUUGAUCAUCAAGGCUCAAUUCACCAACUUUCAGGUGAGUACUUUUCACUUGCAAACCCAUCAGAUGCGGAGGCUUUAUACGAGUCCACUUCAGGGGAACACUCUUCCAGUGAGCACUCUUCUGGUGAGAACUUUUCAGGUGAGCAAGGUUCUGGUGAACAGCUUUUGGCUGAACAAUCUUCCAGUGAAAAGCCUUCAAGUGAAAAAUCUCCCAAUGAAAAAGCUUCUGGAGAAAAGGCUUCAGGUGAACAGGUAUCAAGUGAAAAGUCUUUGAGUGAAAAGGCUUCUGGCGAAAAGCCUUCUGGCGAACAGGCUUUGGGAGAAAAACCUUCAGCUGAACAGGCUUCGGGUGAAAAACCUUCUGGUGAAAAGGCUUCAGGUGAACAACCUUCGGGUGAACAGUCUUCAGUUGAAAAACCUUCAGGUGAAAAGCCUUCAGGUGAUAAGUCUAGUGAACAGCCUUCUAGUGAACCAUCUUCCGAAUUCAUCAGGUUUAUCUUAAAACUUUCAGGCACAGGAUUAAAUUGUCACACAUGCUCUUAUAUGAAUGAUCAAGGAAAAUGUCUUCGUGGGGAAGGAGUUUGUUCCACUCAGAAUUCCCAGCAGUGCAUGUUAAAGAAGAUCUUUGAAGGUGGAAAACUCCAAUUCAUGGUCCAGGGGUGUGAGAACAUGUGCCCAUCUAUGAACCUCUUCUCUCAUGGAACCAGGAUGCAAAUUAUAUGCUGUCGGAAUCAAUCUUUCUGCAACAAGAUCUAA